ACACUUCUGCGCAACUCUUACCCAACGCAGGUUGCUGGUGGACAAAGGUGAGAUAUUUAACUGAAAAGGACACGAAAUAAUUAAAACAAAUUGUUGACAGACUGCAGCCUGUGAGCUCAGAAAAAGUGAAGGAGACAGAAAUGCAAAGAAGUAACUUCUCAGCUUCACCGAUGGGAGACUUUUGAGAAGUCGAGCGCGCUUCCUGGUGUGGAUUUACGGAGAAGAAGAAGUGAAGUCAUUGAUAAAGAUUAAACAUCGACCUGCAGACUGGAGGGCAUGGAUCAAGCACGACCACAGGACCCGCAGCCAAGCAAGGGCUCCACGUCGUGGCACAGAGAACACAGUGACGAGUCUGCAGACAAGAGGCCCGCUGACAGCUCUGUGUCUUCCACUAAAGAUGAGAAGAGGCCGAUCAGAAGAGUGCGUAGUCCAUCCAGGCCGAGGGCAUGGAUGUCCAGUUCUUCCAAAUCCAAGGGUGCAGGGCCGUUCUACAAGCCCCGUUUUCCGAGAGAUGACCACCAUCCAUUCUACAAACCUGGCUUCAGCAGCCGCUACCAUUACUUCAAACACCGUUCUUAUUUCAACCGGAGGGAUCAUUUCCAUCCUAAACUUCACCACAUUGCACUGAGGGAGAGGGAGCGAGAAAAGGAGCGAGACAAGGAGCGAUAUGAGCAGAGGGAGAGGGACCGAUACGAGCAGAGAGAGAAGGCGCCGAUGGAAGUUCACCUCCAAAACAAAACACCACUACCAGAACUUUCUUAACCAGGCACACUCCCAGCAGAGACAAGGACAUGCAGUUACUCGUGUACUAUCAGGAAUGUGAAAUGUUCGGCCUUGUGGUAAAAAUGCUGAUUGCAAAGGACCCAUCCCUGGAGCAACCCAUCCAGUCCUCACUGCAGGAGAACCUCAGGGAUAUUGGCAAGCGCUGUGUGGAGGCCAUGGAGAAAUUUAUAGAGGAAUAUGACUCCAAGGAACUGUCUCACUAAUCAGACACACUCUCCUGUCCAUCUAGCAUAGAUCCCUCUGGUUAAAUCUUUUUUCAAGUAAUUAAAUGCUGCUUUUGUGUUUGCCAGAAGAGGUAUUUAGCUUAUAUAUCCUGCUGGCUGAAUGAAGUCUCUCUCUAUACUUGACCUUAUGCUGAGCUCUGAUCAACACUGGUGAAAUAUGAAAAGGAAACUUUGAUCUGAAUUUUUGAUACUGCUUCUAAUUUUGAUAAUGUGAUGAUGAUAAAGAAACAAACUAGUUGUAUUGCUUUUACUGUCCUUAAAGGGGACCUGUUAUGCUCAUUUAUAGCUCUAUACUUGUAUUUGUGGACUCCACUAGAGUAACUUUGCAUGAUAACCAGUUCAAACAACUCCAUAUUUAUCUUAUACUGGUCCUUUAUGCAGCCCCUCAGUUCAGCCUAUUGGCGCUUUUCCACUAUACAGUUCUAGCACUACUCGGCUCGACUCGGUACGGUUCCAGGAAUGACCUUUUCCAUUACAAAAAAGUACCUACUCAACGUGGGCGGGGUCGUCAUUGCACAGCUCCGCGAAACUGCUGUGACUUCGUUUUAUACGCGACACAAAACACAUAAACAAUGGAGGACAUUUAAGGCAGUGGUGUACUUGCUGCUGUAUGAAGCUUUUUGUCACACACAAAGCAAGAAAAUUGAGCCGUAUGCCUGUAACGCUGUUGCCGGUAUUUAAAAAUGCUGGGUUUGAUUCUUGUGUGGGACGGCUCAUGACUCUUCCAGCGACAACUCUUCUGACCAAUCAGUGGCCGGCAGUCUGUUGACGUCACAUUUAGUAUAGACUCGGCUCGCUUGGAACCUCACCAGAGCAGGUACUAAAAAAGUACCAGGUACCAGGUACUUUCCCUAGUGGAAACGCAAAAAACCAGAGUCGAGUCGUGCUGGAACUGUGUAGUGGAAAAGCGCCAUAUGUCUCUGAACAAAAGCAGUCUUAGCUCGUCUCUCUUUAAGGCCCACCUCCUGAUGACCGUACUCUGUUCUGAUUGGACUGCUUUCAGACUGAAAACAGGAAAAAUAGUUGGAACCAGAGCAAUCCGAGGAGUCUGAAGCCAGUUUACGUAAUUAUUUGACACUUUGUCAUAUUUAGUAUGAACAUUGUAACGUUAUGUAUAUGACUGAAAAUAAGGAAAAGCAUAAUAGGUCCCCUUUAAGAUAUAUUUUCAUAUCUGACUGUGCUUAAUUUAUGAUCACUAAUUUUGUAUAC